AAAGUUAAGAUGUUUUUCAAGUAUAUAGUUUUGUCAGCAAUUGCUAUCCUGGCUUCCGCUGCACGAAUCCCUGAGCCAGAGGAAAGGAUUGUCGGAGGCCACCAUAUUCCCAUCGAAUACGUUCCUUGGCAAGUGUCACUGUUAGGUUAUGCAAAUCACUUCUGCGGGGGAAGUAUAUAUAGUGAUCGGGUUAUCCUUACUGCUGCUCACUGUCUUGUUGUUCCCAUUGGGAAUUUAUCAGUUCGAGCUGGAUCUUCACAUUGGAGUAAAGGUGGUCAAGUGGUAAAGGUUCUGAAAGCCAUAUCCCAUCCUAAAUACAAAAAAUAUCCUCAUUUGACGUAUGAUGUUGCUGUGCUGAUUUUGGAGUCACCCCUCAAGUUCAGUGCUUAUGUACAGAAAAUAGCGCUAGCUGAAAAACAUUCUCAGGCUGGAAAUAUAAGCUUUGUCUCCGGAUGGGGAGACACCCGAUACGGCGCUAAAUUCGGAUGGCCAAUUCUACAAGGCGUUCAUGUGGCUUUAUAUGAUCCCACUGUUUGUAAAAAUAGUUAUGGUGAGCACGUUAUUUGUACCGACGCUAUUGGCAGGACCAUAUGUAACGGCGAUUCCGGCGGUCCUUUAGUUAGCUUACCGGAUCGGAAGCUCAUUGGUAUAGUUUCCAAGGGAUAUGAUUGUGGACGGCUAAACCCUGGAAUCUAUGCAGAUGUUGUCUUCUUCCGCAACUGGUUCAUUGAUACAAUUAAUAAAAACCUCAACUAAAAAUCGACGAAUGUUAAAUAUUAAUGUGUACGCAAACAAACUGGGAAGUCUCUAUCUUAUCCAAUAAAUAAAAAAUAUUUUCUGAACAAA